CUAAGGUCCGUUUUCCUGUGGGGUUUUCAGGAAUUUCGUUAGCAGUCACUGCGGGCUCCUUGAGUUAAGUGGUGCUCCUGGAUACGCCAUAUUUUUCCUUGUUCUUUAGGUUUUGAUCCCCUUCAGUCAUGUCCGACGACGAAGAAGUUUACUCCGAAGAAGAGGAGGAGGAAGAGGAAGUCAUUGAGACAAAAACGACCACCACCACUACUACCAAAGUCGAAGAACAACCAUCCGGCGAUCCAGAAUUCAUCAAGAAGCAGGACCAGAAAAGAUCUGACUUAGAUGAGCAACUCCGCGAGUACAUCCAGGAAUGGCGCAAACAGCGCGCCAAGGAGGAAGACGAGCUCAAGAGGCUAAAGGAGAAGCAAGCCAAGAGGAAGGUCACCCGUGCCGAAGAAGAAAAGAAAUUGGCUGAACGCAAGAAGCAAGAGGAAGAGCGUCGUCAACGUGAAAUUGAAGAGAAGAAACAAAAGGAUAUUGAGGAGAAGAGGCUGCGUCUUGAGGAGGCUGAAAAGAAACGCCAAGCAAUGUUGCAAGCAAUGAAUGCUGCCAACAAAAAGGGACCCAACUUUACCGUUACCAAGAAAGACCCCAACGCUGCUAACCUUUCCCCCGCUCAAAUUGAGAGGAAUAAGACAAAGGAACAACUGGAGGAAGAAAAGAAGAUCUCACUUUCCAUUCGCAUUAAGCCUUUGAGCAUCGACGGAUUGGGUGUGGAAAAACUCAGAGAGAAGGCCGCUGAAUUAUGGCAAGCCAUCGUUAAACUAGAAACUGAGAAAUACGACUUGGAAGAAAGGCAGAAACGUCAGGACUAUGAUCUUAAAGAAUUGAAAGAAAGGCAGAAGCAACAGCUGAGACACAAAGCCUUGAAGAAGGGUCUCGACCCUGAAGCCCUUACCGGAAAAUACCCACCUAAAAUUCAAGUAGCCUCCAAAUAUGAACGUCGUGUGGACACACGAUCAUAUGGAGACAAAAAGAAGCUCUUCGAAGGUGGAUAUGAAGACAUUGUUAAGGAAACAAAUGAAAAGAACUGGAAAGAAAAGUUUGGUCAAUUCGAUUCCAGGCAAAAGAUUUUUCAAUUACGAAUUCUACAUUACGCCCUUUCUUGUACCCCAACAGCAAGACUGCCCAAAUGGUUCGGUGAGCGUCCAGGCAAAAAGACCGGCGACCCCGAAUCUCCUGAGGGUGAAGAGGAGAAACAGGUAGUGGAGGAGGAUGACAUCAAGGAACCCGUCUAUGAACCUGAACCCGAAGAGGAAGAGGAGGAAGAGGAAAUUGAGGAGGAGGAAGAAGAGGAAGACGAAGAGGAGGAAGAAUAAUUAAUUCGUCGUAUUACCAGGAAUUCAAUAAGUUAUAUAAUGUAAUCAUAAUAAUAACAUCAGCUUAGCUAGGAGAUAACUCCAUCAGUCCUAUUUUAAUGUUAAGUUACUUAUAAUUAUUAUUUCCAACAACACCUAGGUACUUAUUAUGUUGAUGCCAUUGUAUUCAAAAAUAAAGUUAUAUUUGUAAUUGUGCCCGGUCUAA